GGAGACAAGCGAGUCGCAGGAGCCGAAAGAGACGGAAGACUGGAAUGCCGGUCCGCUGGAGGGGGAGCCCGAGCGGGAAUCGGAGGACGAGGUGGAUGAGGACGAGAACUCUGCAGCCGGCGUGACGUCUGAAGAGGAGGUGGAGGAGGAUGAGGAGGAGGCAGAAAGCUGGAGAGGCUCCGAGGGGAAAGUCGGUGGUUCUCAAUACAUGGACCUGGCUUCCUCCCUGAGCAUGGGGAGGAUUCUCUUCCCCGUCGUCGCGCUGAAAAGACCCCGCGGCCCCGGCGCCCCGGAAUCCUACGACUGCGAUGCGUGCGGGGAGAGUUUCGACGACGCGGAGGCCGUCAUCGCACACCACCACGGAGCCCACACCGAGCAGCGGCUGUACAACUGCCGGGAGUGCGCCGGCUUCUUCACCAGCAAGAGCUUCGUGGAGCGUCACCGGUGCGGGGAACCACCAGACUCCGGACCGCCGCCCGGCUUCUCCUCCGGCAGGACGUCCCACAGCACCAGAGAGCACCUGAGCAAGUGCCGCACGGCGGACGGACGCUACAAAUGCAGCCACUGCAGCAAGGUUUUCGUGAAGACCUACGACCUGUACAGCCACGAGCGCAAGCACACGGGGACCACGCCUUUCCGCUGCCAGGACUGCGGACGCUAUUUCUCCCAGGGCCCCAAUCUCAAACGGCACAUCGAGACCGCCAGAGCAGGAGGGUGGAGGACCGGGUGCGUCCCAAGAAACGGGGUGAAGAAACCGGACGAGGCGCUCGUGAAAAAAAGAAGGCCGGGCCCCAGGUCUUUCCAGGAGUCGCAGCGGAGGAGGCGGCUCCUCGCGGAGACGGCGGCGAAGGGCGACCUCUCCGAGAAGUACUCCCGCUGCUACGUCAGGCUGGUCGAUUUCAGGAAGCGGAAGGAUCGCAGCAAUCCGCAGCAGCAGGGAAGCUGCCCGCUGGCCGGGAAGGGUCCGUACGAGUGCACGGAGUGCGGGCUGAUCUUUCGGAUGAGGAACUCCCUGCUCGCGCACAGCCUGGUCCACGGGGACAAGCCUCCCUUCAGAUGCUUCGCCUGCGUCAAGACGUUCGAGACGUCGUCCAACAGGGCGCGGCACGUCGCCAUGAACUGCCGGGCCGGGGAGGGGAAGCAGGGGCAGCUGCUGGCGAAGAUCAAGCAGGUCCGGGAGGCCAACGCCGAACUGGGUCCCUACAGGUGUCCCAGAUGCCCCAUGGUUUUCAAAUACUCCUUCAACCGGGUCAGGCACAUGCGGCACCAGUGCCCCUACUCCUUGGCCAACAAGGCGGAGCUGGUGGUGCCCAACCCUAACGGCGCGGGCGACCUGUAUAAGUGCGUUCUGUGCCCCCAGCUCUUCACGCACCCCUCGAACAGAAACCGGCACAUGCGCCUCAGCUGCAAAAACGCUCGCCGGAAGCGGGACAGACUGAAAUCCGGGGCUCAGAAAUCUGCCGCCGCGGCGGUGGUGGUGGCGGCGGCUGCGGAACGCAUGAGGAGAACGAAACCGCAGGACAGCUCCGCCUUCCGCACCUCCGGGGACCCCGCCCAGCCGUACGCCUGCGAGUUCUGCGGGAAAAAGUUCCGGACGGGUCAGGAGUGCCGGGUGCACCGGCGCAUACACACCGGGGAGCGGCCCUACCGCUGCUCCUUCUGCGGGCUCCGGUUCAUCCAGUCGGGCCACUUGAGGGGCCACCUGCGCGUCCACGGCAAGAGGUACCAGUGCGACAAGUGCAAGAAGGUGUGCGACACGCUCGGGGAGCUGUUCAAACACAAGAAGGUGCACAGGAAACUGGGACCCCAGGGGGACAAGGCGGAGACGACAGCGGGGGGUGAGGGGGUCCCCGACGGGGGACAAGGCGAGGACAGGCUGUACGAGUGCGAGACGUGCAAGAAGAGCUUCUCCCUGGCCAGCCACCUGCAGCGCCACUCGCGGUCCCACGCGGGGCAGACCGCGUUCAAGUGCUCGGAGUGCGGCCUGGUUUUCGGCAGCGCGCGAUCGCUGAAGAUGCACUGGCACAAGCACCGCUCCUUCAACCUGACGUGCCGGUUCUGCAGCAAAGCGUUCAGCCAGAGAGGGAGCCUGAUCCGGCACGUCCGCAUCCACACGGGCGAGAAGCCGUUCCCUUGCCGCCAGUGCGGGGAAUUUUUCCAGCGCUGGGACUCCCGUAAAGUGCACCAGCUUAAAUGCACGGGCAGCGCGGCGGCGUCGCCAAGCAAGAGCGACGCCGAGAAAAAGGCGGCGACGGUGAAUGGGAAGGAGGAGGGCGGCAGUGCGGAUCGGAAGCCAGCGGUAACGAGGGAUAACAAAUGCAAGAUCUGCCUGAGGAGCUACAGCAGCUUCCACAGCCUCAGCCGGCACCUCAACACCCACUCCGCCGUCAACCGAUUCUACUGCAGCAAGUGCAGCAAGGGCUUCUACCGGAAAGACCACCACCUGAUCCACGAGCUGGGGUGCAACGGGGUCCAGAGGAAGCCCCGGGGCUCCCUGAAACCCUUCAAGUGCACCAUCUGCAAGACGAGCUUGAGCCGGGGCGACUACCUGAAGUGUCACAUGAAGAAGUGCGCCGCCCGACGGCUCCUCGGGGGCGGGGGGAAGCGGGGGGGCGACUCCGGUGCGUCUGGGGGCGGGCCUUCGGGAGAUCAGCCUUCCCCGUCCCAGAAAAGCACGACGACAGGCGGUGGAGAUAACGGGCUGCCGCCUCUUCUCCGCGUGAAGAAAGAACCGGUGGAAGGAGGCGAAGGUCCCGGUCAGGUCGUCAAGCAUCGGCAACACAAGUGCCCGCACUGCCGCGUCGCCACGAUGAGCCGGCAGAGUUUGGUCAAACACAUGCGCUUGCACACCGGGUUGAGUCCGUUUCACUGCAGCCGGUGUGGGAAGGGCUACAACCGCAAAGACAGGUGGCGUCUCCACGAGAGUUACUGCAACGGUCAAGGCGGCGCUGCUGCGGCUGCUCCUGCGAGGAAGGAACGGAAAAGAAGUAAAGACGGGCGCUUCGAGAAGCAGACGGACAGAGAGACGCCGGCUGGGCAGUACCGAUGCAAGUUCUGCACCAAGAGCUUCCCGGGAUCGAAAGGGCUGCGCCGGCACAUCCUGACCCACACGGACGCCAAGCCGUACCGCUGCGAGAAGUGCGAGAGCUGCUUCUCCCGCUACGACUACCUCAAAGUGCACCUGGUGAGGUGCCGGGGCGAGAGGAGGUGGGCGAGGGCGGUGGAACGCGGGGCCAGGGUCCCGCAGGAACCCGCCGACAGAACCCCGGAGGAGGAGGAGGAGGAGGCGGCGAAACCAAAUCCCGGCGAUGACCGCCUGCGGAAGAAAGCCCCGGAGGUCAGCGCCGGCAACGAGGACGGCAAGCCGGUGCGGUGCACCUACUGCCGUAGGACUUUCGACAGGAGGUCGGAUUUGGGGAGGCACGUCGCCAUGAUGCACUUGACCAGCAAGCCCUUCAAGUGCGCGUGGUGCGGACAUACCUUCACCCAGAAGAAAGGCCUCCGGUUCCAUCAGAAGACGUGCAAGGCCGUCAAGUCCGUCGCCUCCGCCGCCGCUGGCGACAGGAACGUAAACCUGAAACGCAUCGGACUGCGCUCGGCGCCGCAGGAACCCGGGAAAGCGGGCCCGGACUCCCGCGGGACGAAAGCCGCCCCGCAGGGGACUGGGGGAGGGGUCGGAGUCGGCAACACUUGCCGGGAGACCUCCAAGCUCCUGCAGAGGAUCCAGACACACUACGCUAGUCAGUACGAAUGCCAGUUCUGCGCCAAGAGGUGCAUGAGCAAAAUGAUCCUGAUCCGACACCUGCGGACUCACACCGGGGAGAAGCCUUUCGGGUGCAGCCGCUGCGGCGAGCACUUCAUCCGGAAGGACUAUCUGAAAAACCACCUGACGAAAUGCAGCUCCCGCCGGGCGGCCGUGGAGCGGCUAGAGGGAGCCGGGUCCCGGGAGUCUGCACUCUGCGAUAAGUGCGGAGAGUUCUUCACCUCCCAGAGCAGCCUAAAAGCCCAUCAGAAGAGCUGUAUCGUGCUGCUGAAGCCUCCGGAGAGCGCGAGCAAAACCGCCUCAGCCGCCGCGGAAAACCAGCAGGUCUUCAUCUGCGUGGAGUGCGGGGAAGGGUUUCUGAAUUUCAUCGAACUCCGGAGCCACCUGCAAACCGAGCACUGGAAAGUGAACCGCGUCCAGUCCGACCAGCCAGCGCAGGCGAGCGAGCGUCAGGCGAAGGUUAACGGGCUGCUCCCCCGCGGCGUGAGCGUCAAGCAAGAGCCCGAGGACGACGGGUACGAACUGCCGACGAAGAGCGCCGAAAACGCUCCCGUCCCGCUCCCCGCUCCCGUUCUCUCUCCUUCCUCGAAGCCGAAUAAGAAGGCGUUGGCGGCGACGAACACCACCUGCCCGUACUGCUUCAUGAAGUUCAGCCAGAGCGGGGCCCUGGUCACCCACAUGAGAAUGCACACGGGCGAGAAGCCGUUCGUGUGCGCGUGCUCAGCGGCGUUCCACCGCAAGGACUACCUGCUGAAGCACGCCAAGGUCUGCAAGGAGGCGAGGCCGUUCCGGUGCGAGAACUGCCACCAGGACUUCAGCCGGCCGGACUUGCUCAAGAGACACUUGAGGAGAUGCGCCUCCCCCGUUCCCAAGGGAGGGGCCCCCGGGCCCGAGGGGGGGGCGGUGAAGGUGAAGGAGGAGCCGCAGAACGAGGGGGACUGGCUGAAGAUCUACUCCAAAAACACGGUGCUGGUGAUCAACAGCGGCCCCAAAGCCACCGGCACCGGAGUCCUGCAGACGCGAUUCUCCUGCAAAGUCGGGGAGCAGCGAAACGGUGGGACAGAGGCCCCUGCACCUUCCUCCUCCUCCUCCUCCUCCUCCUCCCCCCCUGCAGAACAACGGCACUCCCCGCGCCGGGCGGAGAAGCGCUACAGGCUCGAUCUGGCGAGCCCAUCGGAGACGCCGAAAAAGAAGCUGGAGUGCAACCUGUGCGGCGAGAGCUUCGACUUGCACAAGCAGCUCCAGAAACACAAGCGCAAGCACUCGGGGCUCGGCCCUUACAAGUGCGCACAGUGCCCCCGGACCUUCCACUACCCCUCCGACUUGAAGCGCCACACCCACAUCAGGGGCCUCGGCAGCAGCAGCAGCAGCAGCCCCAGCAAGAGACCCAACAAGGACCCCGCCGAGACGGUGACCCACACCUGCAUCUUCUGCGAGAAGCAGUUCGCCAGUCGGAAGCUGCUGGUCAGGCACCGGGAGGUCCACCGGUACCAGACCCGGUUCCGGUGCACCCGUUGCGACAAGAGCUUCACCGUCCGGAAAUCUUACCUGCAGCACCGACGCAAACACCUGGCCGAGGAGGAGGAGGAAGAAGAGAGAGGCAAAGGCAAGAGCCGUUCCUACGAAGACGAUUCGGAUUCCGAGCCUUGCCUCCCGUGCCACGUCUGCGGGAAGAGCUUCGCCUCCGUGGCGGCGUUGGAGGAGCACCAGCGCAGCCACCUGGGCAAGAAGCCCCACGAGUGCGGGCAGUGCGGGCAGAGCUUCCUCCAGGAGUCCCAGCUGCGACAGCACCAGCGCGGCCACGAGAGCCCGUUCCAGUGCGGCCCCUGCGGGCGGGGGCUCCCGUCUCUGCUGGCGCUCCGCAAGCACCAGAGAACCCACAACGCGCAGCGGCCCUUCCCCUGUCCGCAGUGCCCCCAGCGCUUCAGGUACCAGUCCCACCUGCGCGACCACCUGGAGACGCACUCGGGGGAGCCCUUUCCCUGCGACCUGUGCGGCAGGACAUUCGCCUGGAAGAGCACACGGGACACGCACAGAAAGACGCACGCCCUCCAGGAGACCGCGACUGACCAACCAGAAAGUGCAGCCCCGCUCUGGCCGUCUCCACCACCACCACCACCCCCGUCGUCAGCCAUUGUCCCCCCUCCCCCUUCUCCUCCUCCUCCUCCUCCUCCUCCAUCAUCUAAAGACAGACCGGCCCGAGGCAUGGGGGGGCUCCAGAGGGAGCUGGCACAGCUGCAGCAGCCCGGAGGAGGAGGGGAGGAGUGGAGGUUCUCCUGUCAGAUCUGCGGCAAGGGUUUCCAGUACCGGAGCAAGCUGGCUGAGCACCAGAGGCACCACGACACGGAGCGGCCCUUCUCCUCCGGGGAAUCCCAGCUGAGCCACGCGCCGAAGAACCCGGAGAAGAAAAAGCAGGAGGAGGAGGAGAAGGAGAAGCCGUACCAGUGCCACACCUGCGACAAACGCUUCCAGCGCAAGAGCAACCUCACGGUGCACCAGAAGAGCCACGUGGGGCCCACGCUGUACGAGUGCACGGAGUGCGGCCGCGGCUUCCAGGGGAUGGGAGCCUUCAAGAAGCACCGGUGCGUCCGCAAGAAGAAGAGGGACUCCUCUCGCCGGCAGCAGCAGCAGCAGCAGCAGUCGGCCGGGGUCCAGCCGGGAUCGGACUCUGACGAGGAGGGGUUUUCCUCCCGGUUCCCCUGCCACGUCUGCGGGAAAAGCUUCUCGACGUUCCGGAAGCUGGAGGAGCACCAGCGGUACCACACCGGGGAGCGGCCCUUCGAGUGCCAGGAGUGCGGCAAGCGGUUCUAUCAGGCGGGGCACCUGAGCAAGCACCGGAAGACCCACGGGCGGCAGCACCAGUGCGAGCAGUGCCCCCGCAGCUUCAGCACCCUGCAGGCCUACCUGCAGCACCAGGGCCUCCACAGCGGCGAGCCGCGCCGCCCUCGGCGCCACCGCCACCAGUGCCAGCUCUGCCUCAAGUGGUUCGUGACGCCCUCCGACCUGGUGCGCCACGAGAGGACCCACGCCCCGAAGGGCCAGCCGGUGUUCCAGUGCGACGUGUGCUGGAUGACCUUCGCGCAGGCGGCACAGCUGAGGGCGCACCGCGAGAGCCACGUGGGCGAGGUGGUGUACGAGUGCCCGGACUGCGAUAUGGUGUUCGUCUCCUUCCAGCUGCUGGAGCAGCACCAGAGCGUGCAUCAGGAGGGGGGCGGGUCAGCCCCGAGCCUGAACGGGAGCUUACCGGACCCCCAGAACCUCCGUGCGUCGGACUGUCUCGCCGCGGACUACGGCCACGGUGGAGGGGCUGUUAUGAUGGCGCAGAUUUGAUAAGAAAAGCGAUAUUUUUGUUCCGAACUAUGAAACACAAAAAAAUAACUCCCGUUCCUGUGUUGGUGUCCGCUCCUCUCUGUUUUUUUUAAUGAUCUAAACUGCGGCGGAUCUUAAUACCGCCACCCUCGGAGAUGGGGUCUACCCACGAUCUUCAUUGCACUUUGUUUAAUUUUUUCCCCAAAAGUACUGUUGCUAAGAAGCUGGUCUGCAGAGCCCCCCCUGGAGACUGCAGCUGUAUUCAUACAGAACUGAAGAGAGACUGUAUAGAGAUGGGAUUAUAUCAUUUAAAUAAAGGGGGGGCGGGGGGCAGGGGGGGGGGCACACACUAAUAAAUAGCGGCCGCAUAUGGGGGAGAGAAGGAUGCGCUGUUGUGAAAUGGUGGAGCGGGGGGUGGAAGGGACUUUUUGGGUUAGAAGCAGCCAGCAGUUGAAUUUGAAACACACU